GCGGCCGUCAGCUGGUUGCGGAGCGGCGCAGGUGUCGGCUCUUGUGCGUGCGCUGGGUUCGAAGCAGUGAACCUCUUCCUGGUUGUCGUUCAGGAAUGAAUCAUCGCUUCGUUGGGGGGGGUUCAGGGAUGCUGCCGCUGACUCGUCUCAGACACACCCGGUACCGGUACCAGGCGGCACGGCCCGGUCCCGCGCUUUAAAGGAAGAAGCCCGAGUGUUCCGACGACCCGGAAUGGAGGAAAUCCUGAGGAAGCUGCUGAAAGACGCGUCCGGACACAAGCACAAAGCUCUCCGCGAAGCCUGCGUCAGUGCCUGCGAAACACUGGAGUCUCAGAAUGGAUCCACCAAGAUUUCUCCUUCACAACUUCGAGAACAUUGUCUGCUACCUCUACAGAUGGCGCUGGAGUCAAGAAAUGCCAAACUGGGACAGAUGGCCCUUUCUGGCAUGCAGAAGCUCCUCUGUGAGGACAGAUUUGUGGGCGGAGUCAGCACAGAGGAGGAGGUCAUGGAGAAACAGCUGCUCAGCCAGAUGUUAGAGGCCGUCAGAGUCACGCCGUCUCUCCAUGAGGACCUGCAGGUGGAAGUCAUGAAGGUCCUGCUGUGUAUCACAUACUCACCAAACUUUGACAUUAAUGGAGACUCCAUCCUCAGGAUUGCAGAGGUGUGCAUUGAGACUUAUGUGUCCAGCUGUCACCAGCGCAGCAUCAACACGGCGGUCAGAGCCACGCUGAGCCAGAUCCUGGGAGACCUGACGCUGCAGCUGCGACACAGACAGGAGGGAGCAGAUGGAGAUGAGGUUACGGCCCCGCCUCUUCAGAGACGAGAUGUUUCUCCCACCAGCCAGGCUCUGUGCGAGGACGUGGUGACGGUGCUGACCAUUUUCUGUGAGAAGCUGGAGUCAGUGGACGGUGAUAACCAGCUCGUGCAGCUCCUCUACCUGGAGUGCAUCCUCUCCAUGCUCAGCAGCUGUCCUCCCACAAUGCACCUGUCCAGAGGUUUCACCGACCUUGUUUGGAAGCAGCUGUGUCCGUCUCUGGUUGCGAUCAUGGGGAAUCCAGUCAACGACAAAACCAUCACCUCUCACCACAGCCACAUGGGGGCGCCAGACAAAGAAAGACACACAGACAGGCUCACUCUAGGAAUCAGCCAAGACCCAGAGUCAACUGUUGGCGCGGUUUCUGAUCAAGGCAGGGGGUCUGGGUGUUCCUCCAGCGCCCCCGCCAGGAUUGCGCCAGUAGUCCGAACAGUUUGUUACAUUGCAGCAGAGCUGGUGCGUCUGGUGAGCUGUGUGGAGUCAAUGAAACCGGUGCUGCAGUCUCUUUACCACAGGAUUCUCCUCUACCCGCCUCCCCAGCACCGCACAGAGGCCAUUCGGAUCAUGAAGGAGAUCCUGGGCAGUCCUCAGCGGCUCUACGACCUGGCUGGUCCCUGCGUAGCUGAACCUGAAACCAGAAAGCGAUCCUUCUCCAAGAGGAAGUCCCACCUGGACCUGCUAAAACUAGUGAUGGAUGGUAUGAUGGAGGCGUGUAUGAAGGGAGGCAUCGAGGCGUGUUACUCCUCCGUCUCCUGUGCCUGCGCUCUCCUCGGGGCACUGGACGAACUGUCACAAGGCCGCGGCAUUCAGCCAGAACAGGCUCGCUUGCUCCUCAGGCGACUGGAUGACCUGAAAGAUGGGUUUGAGUCGACACGCGAGUCCAUGGAGAUUAACGAAGCAGAUUUCCGGUGGCAGAGACACAUCUUAUCCUCUGAGCAUGCUCCCUGGGAUCCCAGCUCCUCCUCCUCCAACAUGGCAGUCACAGACCACAGCCCUGACAUAAGCAUCAGCAUCACCACAGAAACAGGCCAAACCACACUGGAACUGGAGGCAGAGGAGCUUGGCCUUGCUUCAGGACACACCACGGUUGAAGGAUGCACUGAGGAUGAUGCACCCCUAUCCUCCCCUGCCUCCUGCGCGGACCCGGAUGGGAACAAACGCAAGACGAGCCUGGAGCCAGAUCCUUGUAGCCAACAGGGUGACAGAGAUCGAGUUGGGGAAAUCGGAGGAGGGGGGAAAGCGAGAGGCGCAGCCCCGGAGAGGGCGGGCAUAGUCCCUCCAGAUGUGGUCCAACGGAGCCACGCCCUUGUCUACCCAGACAUCACUAACUUUUUGUCAGUGGAGUCCAGGACUAGGUCGCACCAUGGAGCAGGGUCACGGUACAGCGAGAGCAACUUCAGUAUGGAAGAGCAGGACUUAUCGCGGACAGAGUUUGACUCCUGUGACCAGUACUCCAUGGCUGCGGAGAAAGACUCCGGCCGCUCCGACGUGUCUGAGAUCGGCUCUGAUAACGUCUCCCUGGCCGAUGAGGAGCAGCAGACGCCUCGGGACUGUCUGGGACAUCGCUCUCUGCGGACCGCUGCUCUGUCGCUCAAGCUGCUCCGCAACCAGGAGGCCGACCAGCAGAGCGCCAGGCUGUUCUUCCAGGCGCUGGCAGUGCUCCUGCCUCGACUGCUGGGGCUGGCUACUGCUGCAGAGGUGGACCUGUCCUUGCAGAACUUCUCAUCCACUUUCUGCUCUGGAUUACAGGCUGGUGGGAUCCACUCUCCUGGUUUCGAGGCCGGGGACACUCUGAGCUGUCAGUCUCUGAUGAAUGCAGACGGUCUCUACCUGGUGUCUUAUUACGCUUUGCUGCUCAACCUCAAACUCUGCUGCUGUGAUUACUAUCGACGGCGAUCACUCGUCCCCGUCCUCAGCCUGAAGGAGUUUGUGCGUCUGAUCCAGAGCAGCGGGGUUCUGGUGGUUCUCUCUCAGGCCUGGAUUGAGGAGCUCUACCACCAGGUCUUAGAGCGCAACCUGCUGGCCGAGGCUGGAUACUGGGGCUCGCCGGAGGAACACACACUGCCUCUGAUCACCGUGCUCACAGACAUCGAUGGUCUGGGCAGCAGUGCGAUUGGAGGUCAGAUGAUUCGGAGAGCGUCCAGUCAGUCACCACUCAGCUGUGACAGGGCGAGCAGCGAUACCAUCUUGGCAGGAGCUGUGUUCUCACGCUUCAUCCUCACUGGCAUUUGGAAGAACCUGAUUGACGUGCUGUCCAUGCCGCUGACGGGCCGCAUGGCGGGCAGCUCCAAGGGCCUGGCCUUCAUCCUGGGGGCAGAGGGGGUCAAAGAGCAGAGCCAGAGAGAGAGAGACACCAUCUGUCUGAGCCUAGGAGGUCUACGCAAAGCCGCCGCACUCAGCUGUGCACUGGGUGUGGCUGCAAACUGUGCAUCUGCUUUAGCUCAAAUGGCUGCAGCGUCAUGUGUGCAGGAGGAGAAGGAGGUGGGAGACACCGGAGACGCCAUCACACAAGUGAAGCAGCGUGUUGAGCAGCGUCUGGAACAGAUGAGCCGUCCUAAGGGCGUGCGUCUCCACACGGCCCACGUCCUCUGCAUGGACGCCAUCCUCAACGUGGGACUCGAGAUGGGCAGCCACAACCAUGACUGCUGGCCGCACGUUUUCAGGGUGACGGAGUACAUCAGCUCAUUGGAACACACCCACUUUAGUGACUGCUCCUCCCAGUCGUCCUCGCUGACCACCUUCACACAGCAGAGCCAGCAGGCGGUCGCCAUUGACCUGGGGCUGGAGCUGAGCUGCGAGCCCAGCCUGGAGGGUUCAGACCUGGGUCUAACGCAGCCGAUCAUCCAGCCUCUGACCAUCCAGGAGCUGCUGACGGAGAGCAGCAGAGGAGGUCGAGGACUGGACCUGAAGAGCUGCAGCUUGAUGACGGGGACCAGCGCCACCAAGGCUGUGUGCACGCUGUCGACACAGGCUGACAGGUUGUUUGAAGAAGCAGCCACCAAACUGAACCUGGUGGGGCUGGUUGGGUUUCUCCAGCAGCUGAGAAAAGCAUCACAGUCUCAGCUGUUUGAUUCCGUGACAGAGACAGGAGACUAUUCGCUGGCCAUGCCGGGAGAAGCCAAGUCCACACUGGGGCGCCAGAGCACCCUGCACCUGUUCCGUCUCGGAGAAUCCAUGCUACGGAUCAUCAGAAAUAAGAACCGACCUCUGCUGCACAUUAUGAGGGCCUGGAGUGUGGUGGCGCCGCACCUGGUGGAGGCAGCGUGCCACAAAGAGCGUCACGUAUCCCAGAGGGCUGUCUCCUUCAUCCACGACGUUCUGACCGAGGUGUUGAUGAGUUGGGCAGAGCUUCCGUACUUCCACUUUAACGAGGCGCUCUUUAGGCCAUUUGAGCACAUCAUGCAGCUUGAGCUCUGCGAUGAGGAUGUACAGGAUCAGGUGAUAACGUCAAUUGGCGAGCUGGUGGAGAUGUGCUCCCCUCAGAUCUUGUCAGGGUGGAGGCCUCUGUUCAGCGCUCUGAGGACGGUUCACGGCAGUAAAACUAACACCAAGGACUACCUCCUGGGAGAGUACUCCAUGGGGAAGUCCCAGGCACCGGUGUUUGACGUCUUUGAGGCUUUCAUCAGUACCGAUAACAUCCAGGUUUUUGCCAAUGCCGCCACCGACUACAUCAUGUGUCUGAUGAAGUUUGUCAAAGGUUUAGGUGAAGUGGACUAUAAGGAGAUCGGGGACUGUGUCCAUGUGUCGGGUUACAGUUCCACUGACCUGUGCCUGCCUGCACUCGACUACCUACGCAAAUGUUCACAGCUGCUGACUAAGAUCUACAAAAUGCCAUCCAAGCCGGUGUUCCUGGGGGCGCGGCUUGCCAGUCUGCCAAUGAGGUCACAGGAACGUUCCAUCAGCAGUGAGGACGGGAUGGAUUGUGUCCUGCAGGAGUUUGAUGAUGACACGGGUCUGAUCCAGGUGUGGAUUCUGUUGCUGGAGCAGCUGACGGCGGCAGUGUCAAACUGUCCUCGCCAACAUCAGCCGCCGACCUUGGACCUGCUGUUCACUCUGCUCAGAGAGGUCAUCAUCACGCCAGGACCAGGAUUUGCCAUCUUCUCUGUCAUACAGCUGCUUCUGCCUGUGAUGUCACUAUGGCUACAGCGUAGCCACGGUGACCACGCCUACUGGGACGUGGCGGCUGCAAACUUUAAGCACGCCAUCGGGUUGUCCUGCGAGCUGGUGGUGGAGCACGUCAACAGUUUCAUACAUUCAGAUAUCGGCUACGAGUCUCUGAUCAACCUGAUGCUGAAGGACCUGUUUAAGCUGCUGGUGGCCUGUGUGUCUGAACCUGCAGAAACCAUCUCCAGAGUGGGCUGCUCCUGCAUCAGGUAUGUGUUGGUGACUGUGGGACCUGGUUUUACUGAGGAAAUGUGGCGUCUGGCCUGCUGCGCUCUGCAGGACGCCUUCUCUGCGACUCUCGAACCUGUCAAGAACCUUCUGGCCUGUUUCCAUACUGGUUCUGACAGUUUUUCUGGAGAUGCCUGUGAGGUAAAAGUUGCAGCUCCGUCACACUCGCCCUCAGCUGAAGCGGAGUACUGGAGGAUCAAGGCCAUGGCUCAGCAGGUCUUCAUGUUGGACACUCAGUGUUCACCAAAGACACCCAACAACAAGGAGGGCUUCGAGCAUGCUCAGUCAUGUGUUCUUAUCAUUGAGCUGCCGUGUGACCAGCAGUCUAACGGACACACUCAGAAGAGGAAAAUUGGGAUUCCGUUCCGGACUAUUGUGGUAAGCCUACUGUCCCACCAGGUUCUGCUCCAAAACCUCUACGACAUCCUGCUGGAGGAGUUCGUUAAGCAGCCCGAAGGUGUCGAAAGGGUCACACCUGUGACCUCUGACCCCAGCCGGCCCACAGCGGGCUUCCUGCGCUAUAUCUCCAUGACUAAUUUAGCCAUAAUCCUGGAUCUUUUGCUGGACUCCUACAGGACAGCACGGGACUUUGACACCCGGCCAGGUCUUAAGUACCUGCUGAUGAAGGUGUCGGGAGUUUGCGGUGCGGCUAACCUUUACCGCCAGUCUGCUAUGAGCUUCAACCUGUACUUUCAGGCCCUGCUGUGUGCCACGCUGAGCCAGGCCGACACCAUGACUGCACAACAGGUGAAGAGGAUCCUUUUUGAGGAAGAGGACGGAAGCUCGGACUCCUCCCAUCCGUGUUCUGCCUCUUCAGAGGAUGAAGAUAUCUUUGAAGAAACGGCACAGGUCAGUCCUCCUUGUGGACGGGAUAAACGGCAUCAGUGGCGCGCUCCGAACCCGUUGCUCAGUGUGCAGCCUUUAGGCAGCGCCGACUGGGCGUGGCUGGUGAAACGACUCUACAAGCUAUGCAUGGACCUGUGCAACAGCUACAUCCAGAUGCACCUGGACCUGGAGAGCACGCUGGAGGAGACGCCGCUGCUGAGAGGAGGCGCGGCAGGAGGAGAUCACCUGUUCUUCCUGCCUCUCUUCCAGUCUGAGACUUCCACUCCCACAUCGGUGAGCGGGCUUUCAGCAAGGGGGACGCCCUCAGAAGAAGGCGGUUCCAGGUGUCAGGUGGCAGACACGACUGCAGCUUCACCAGGAGACGCGCCCACACCCAGCCCGGGGUUCAGCUCCUCCAGCAGCCUGCCGCACCACUUCCGGACCGGAGAAGAGAGGAGGGACUCGGGCAUGUCGGGAAGCUCUGUGGGAGGAAGCGCCGGACAGGGCAGGAGGAAGGAAUGGUGGGAAACUGCCGGGAACAAACUGUACACCAUCGCCACGGACAAAACCAUCAACAAGCUGAUGAUGGAGUACAAACGCAGGAAGCAGCAGCAGCAGCCAUCGCAGCAGAGCCACAUCAACCUCUUCAUGAAGGAGCAGGGCGAGAGGAGGGGCCCCGUGGAGCCGCAGAGGCCCCCCCAGAGGCCCCAGCAACUCGUGGACCAUCACGGGCCCCCGCUCAGGCACUCUGUCAGCGCCGGGCCCGAGAUCCUGAGGCAGGAGAAGAGGCCGCGGUCGGGAUCCACCGUCAGCUCUCAGAGCAUCUCACUGAGGGAUGCCGAGGCUCAGAUCCAGGCGUGGACCAACAUGGUCUUGACUCUCCUCAACCAGGUCCUCAUCCUGUCUGACUCUGCCUUCCUGGGGCUCCAGCCGGCACUCUACCCCUGCCUCAGCCAGCUGUCCUGUCAUGUGACUGAUGCACGAGUCCGCCAGGCAUUGCGCGAGUGGCUGGGCCGCAUUGGCAGACUUUAUGACAUCAUCGUGUGAUGCUGCAGCGAGGAGAAACGCGCGCUUUGGAUGAAGGAGGGGCGUGGCUCGUCUGUGACAGACGUGAGCAGAUGCAGAGUUUGAUCGUGAAGUCGAUUCGUGUCACGGCGCCGCAGUGUGGCGACUUGACUGAACAGAGAUUAUUUUGAGCACUGUGACCUCAUCGUGUGUCGCCACGAGAGAUUGGUGAUUGAUUGGAGACACAUUGAUAUGCAGUCUGAUUGGCUGAUGAGAUUUGGAACAAAAUUCACAUCAUGUAGAAUGUGUUUAAGAAGAAUGAAGUCUUUAAGGAGAUUAUGAAGGAUUAUGGGUAUAAUGUAAAUAAUCUGAUUGUGCGAAGUGUGUUGAAAGAUUGUACGAAAUAAGUUCUGACGUCAUUAACACAAGCGGUUGUUGUUUUAUCACAGCAACAAACUUUAAAAUAUUAUUUAUUAUAAUAUUGUAAUUUUAUUUUAUGGCCCUUAAAAUGCCUGAGUGGUUUUGCAAUCUGAUCACUCAGUGACUCCUUCACUCCUUUGACCCCCAACAAAAAUGUAAAGUUCAAACCAAGUGGUAACGUGAAAACAAAGAAGAAAUAUCAGCGUUAUUUUCUGCAAGACAAUGAUUGUUUUCUGAAAGCUUUCAGUUAUGAGUUUAUUUUAGUAGUUCAAAAAUAAAUUCCGAAAAAUGCCACUUUAAAUUUGAACAUAAACAGUUAAUAUGAGAAUUUAUUAAAAUGUCACUUAUUAGUAAGAAGUGCCUCUUGCAACUUCUCAGAACCCAAGAAGAGAUUUUCAGAUUAAAUAAUUUGUCU